UUUGUAUUAGUAAUUUAUGUGCUCAUCUUCACUAUAACCUUUAUUAAAUCGAGUUUUUGUACUCUAUAUUCUGCAAUAUAACAUCUUAGAGGUUAAAAUGGGUUGGAUUGGUUUAGGUUUAAGCGAGUUUGAUUUACACUCUUGAAGUGCAAUGAAAAUAGCUUUGAGUUUGGCAGUCAAAUGCUAAUGUAACUGCUAAGGUUUGCUAUGAAGUCAGCAAAAUAUGAUGUCAAAGGCAGUGUCAUAAAUAGACUAGUGAGUUAGUGAAGUUCUAGAGGAGAUGAGAAUUCUGUAACAUUGAUGGCUUCAGGAAAAGAUGCUUGUCCCAUCUUACCUAAACUCGCCAACUGCUCUAAUGAGACCUCAAAUAAGCCUGCUAAUAAGUGUAAUGAGAUUCACUUGCCACGCUUUUCGUUAAAGCAAGGGAUGAUCCCAAGACGUUAUGUUAUGCCUUGGAAAGAGAACAUGAAAUUCAGGAAUUUGAAUCUAAAGCAUGCAGAAGUGUGUGGGAUCCCCGCUGGCCCUUUAGAAGAUCUGUUUUUGAAUCACAGUGAAAGACUUUGCCAUGGGGAAGAUCGUAAAAUUGUCUUGAGGAAAGGUCCACCAGAAAUAAAAAUUGCCGAUAUGCCUUUGCAUUCGCCUCUCUCCAGAUACCAAAGUACUGUGAUUUCCCAUGGCUUCAGGAGGCGACUAGUCUGAUGAAACAAGAAUAAAGUGAUAAAGUGUUUCUGUGUGUGUGUGUGUGUGUGUGUGUGUGUGUGUGUGUGUG